GAUGUCCUGGUUCAGCUGAACUAGAAGGGCCAGGGUUGGAAAGAGCAGGUAGUCGAGCCGUGGGCGGCGCGAGAAGUGGAACGAAAGGUACCCGGUCAGUGGGAAGAUGCCCGGGCUUGGAACGUUGCAGAGAUCGGAGCAGCGGCGCAGGUACUGGACCCGCACUGGCUCUGUGGAGGGACCGUCUGGUAUGUGCGUCCCUGUCCUUCCGGGGCGUGGAAGGUGCCCGGGACCCAGCCAGCAACCAGUUGAGACGUUCUUUCUGGAAGCUCUCGGCCCUGAGGGCUCUCGCCUGGGGUGGCGAUCCCGCUAUGGCGUUCCGGAGGACUGAGGGCACAUCCAUAAUCCAGGCCCUGGCCAUGACGGUUGCGGAGAUCCCUGUGUUCCUUUACACGACGUUUGGGCAGUCUGCCUUCUCCCAGCUGCGGUUGACACCAGGCCUGCGGAAGGUCCUCUUUGCCACCGCCCUAGGCACUGUGGCCUUGGCCCUGGCCGCCCAUCAGCUGAAGAGGCGACGGCGGAAGAAGAAGCAAGUCGGCCCCGAGAUGGGAGGCGAGCGUCUGGGCACAGUGCCCCUCCCCAUCCUCAUGGCCAGGAAGGUCCCCUCGGUGAAGAAAGGCUACUCCAGCCGGAGGGUCCAGAGCCCCAGCAGCAAGAGCAACGACACUCUGAGCGGCGUCUCCUCCAUCGAGCCCAGCAAGCACUCAGGCUCCUCCCACAGCUUGGCCUCGAUGGUAGUGGUGAACUCGUCCAGCCCUGUGGCUGCGUGCUCAGGCCCGUGGGACACCAGAGGGAUGGAGGAGUCCGUGACCACUGGUGACGGCAACGCCGAGAGCCUCUACAUGCAAGGCAUGGAGCUGUUUGAGGAGGCGCUGCAGAAGUGGGAGCAGGCGCUGAGCGUGGGGCAGAGGGGGGACAGCGGCAGCGCCCCCGCCCCGGGGGACGGCCUCCGGAACCCCGAGACUGCUUCGGAGGCGCUGUCUGAGCCAGAGUCACAGCGAAGGGAGUUUGCAGAGAAGCUGGAGUCCCUGCUGCACCGGGCCUACCACCUGCAGGAGGAGUUUGGAUCCACCUUCCCGGCUGACAACAUGCUGAUAGACCUCGAGCGGACCCUUAUGCUGCCCCUGACCGAGGGCUCCCUGUGUCUGCGGGCGGACGAUGAAGACAGCCUGACCUCGGAGGAUUCCUUCUUCUCUGCCACCGAGCUCUUUGAGUCCCUGCAGGUCGGAGAUUUCCCCAUCCCGCUCUCCCGGCCUGCCGCCGCCUACGAGGAGGCCCUGCAGCUGGUGAAGGAGGGCAGAGUGCCCUGCCGGACCCUCAGGACAGAGCUGCUGGGCUGCUACAGUGACCAGGACUUUCUGGCCAAGCUGCAUUGUGUGCGGCAGGCCUUCGAGGGCCUCCUGGAGCACAAGAGUCACCAGCUUUUCUUCGGAGAGGUCGGCCGGCAGAUGGUGACAGGCCUGAUGACCAAGGCUGAGAAGAGCCCCAAGGGCUUCCUGGAGAGCUACGAGGAGAUGCUGAGCUAUGCCCUGCGGCCGGAGACCUGGGCCACCACGCGUCUGGAGCUGGAAGGCCGGGGGGUGGUGUGCAUGAGCUUCUUCGACAUUGUGCUGGACUUCAUCCUCAUGGACGCCUUCGAGGACCUGGAGAACCCCCCGUCCUCGGUGCUCGCCGUCCUGAGGAACCGCUGGCUGUCGGACAGCUUCAAGGAGACGGCCCUGGCCACAGCUUGCUGGUCGGUCCUGAAAGCCAAGAGGAGGCUGCUGAUGGUGCCCGAUGGCUUCAUCUCCCAUUUCUACUCCGUAUCGGAGCAUGUUAGCCCCGUCCUAGCCUUUGGCUUCCUUGGACCCAAGCCUCAGCUCUCUGAAGUCUGUGCUUUCUUUAAGCACCAGAUCGUGCAGUACCUGAGGGACAUGUUCGACCUGGACAACGUGCGCUACACGUCGGUGCCGGCGCUGGCGGAUGACAUUCUCCAGCUGUCCCGGCGCCGCAGCGAGAUCCUGCUCGGCUACCUGGGGGUGCCGGCAGCCGGCAGCAUAGGCCUGAACGGCGUGCUGCCCCGAGAGAAUGGGCCCCCAGAGGAGCUGCGGUAGUGGCAGGCAUGGGCCUGGGAGGGGUGGCUGCCUGGGUCUCGUUCCCGUGGGUGUCGGCAGAGAGAAGGCCUUUGGGCUGGCGUUGGAGGCCUCGGUGUCCGACCAUCAGCAGUGGCAGAGCCCAGGCCGUGGUGGCCAAGGGCACUUGCCCCUGAGCUUGCCCCCACCCCAACCUCCAUCACCUAGGAAUACCCAAGGCCUAGGGGGCGAACUUCCUUGGAGAGGGAUGGAGCCCUGAGGGGCCCAGCUGAUUGCCCUUAGCUGUUUGUGGGGAAGCAGAGGCUGGACCAGUGACCAGUGGGGCCCGAGGGAGAGGAAGGUGUUGUGAGGAGAAUCAGGACAGGCAGAGAUGGGAUUCCCUGGGUGUGGGUGCCCAAAACCUCCCGCCACCCUGGGGCUGCUGAGUGGGGCUGGGAGGGUGGAGAUGGAAGAAGUGGUGGCAGGGCUCUGUGAUGAAGGGACCUGGGCUGGACAGUCUCAGAUCCAGGCAUCUGCCUGGCCAGUCCUGACGGCCUGCCGCCACCAGAGAGAAGAUGCAGCUCCAGAGACAGAGGGUGGGAGUCACAGAGUGCAACUGCGGGGACACCUGGGUGGGCGAAGGCCCUGGGCUGUCCAGAGGCCGCCUGCUUUCCUGGCACUCAUGUCUGGGCAGGGAGCGGGCCCUUGAACAAACCCAAGCACCGAAGUGGGACGCUUUCUUCUGACAUUCCCUGGCCCCGCCAAAUACUGUCAUUUCUCCUCCCACCUCUGCCACCACCAAAGAUGGAGGAGGUGUGGCUUCCACUCUUCCCCACCCCACCUCCGCCCCUGCCCCACCCUCUGUGAGCCUGGAACUCCCUGGCUGGUGCUAGGUGCUGAGCUGGAGGCUCUGACCAGAGGUCACCUCGGGCCCUAGGAGUGAAGGGGCCCAGGGGCCAGAUCAGGAGCAGUCAGAGAAUGUAGGCGGCUGGACCAGCAUGAGGACAAGAAACUUGCCUGGCACUUUGCCUUCAACUCAACGCACAAACGCUCUCAAGCCACUGGUCCUGCAGAGGAAGGCUGGCCGGCAUUUGAGGGGUUUCUCUUGGCCCUGCAGACUCACUUCUCUUACAGUGUUUUCAUCUGACAUGGGGUGUUUUAUUUAUUGCCUUAACACUUUAUUUUGAGGUGUGUCCCUUUCCAGGUGGGGAGGCCUGCAAGAGAAACAGACUCCUGGUUCUCCACACUCUGGAGUUGGGACUGGCUCCUCAGACCGGGGGCACCCUCCCCUGAAUGGCAAAGGGGUCCCAGGGGUGGGGUGGUCUUGCCCAUAGGAGUGGGAGGGACAGGGGAUGGGAGAGGGCCCAUUAUCUCUGAGCCCACUCCCUCCCCUACGUGGUCCCUCCCGCCCCCAGGCUGUAGGACCGCUGUGCACUAACCGUGCUUCUGGCUCCAGACCCAGCUCUCUGAGGUCACUGCUCCUGGGUGGCAAGUACCGGGGAGGCCCCUCCAUCCUGACAUUCCGUUCAUUUGCACUUCCCCGCGCUGUGAAUGUAAUCUUGGGCCUGGGCCCCGGCUGCUCUGAUUUGCUCCCGAAUCACCCAGAAGUGGCAUUUUCCUUCUGUCUUUGUUUACACGUCCAUGCACUGCGUCUGGCACUUGGUUUCUUGUAGCUUCCCACUCUUGGACGGCAGGGCGUGUGCACAUCGACUCUGAAUCAAAUAAAUGAUUUCAAUGAUUUCCUUCCACGUUGCCAUGCACGUGUGGCCGUUGCUUCCAGGGGG